CCGCCGUUUUCAAUCGAAAUUGCAUUUCGUUAUUUAAGCGUUAAGUUUAGCGUUAUUUCAUCUACUGCGUGACACUGGCUAACCCUUGCUGCAUUGAUGAAAUUUUGCAUUGCUGGUCGCUGCUGAUAACGUUCACAAUAUCAGUUCUUAUGAGGGCGCACAGACUAGCGACGAGAAGUUUGCUUUACAAAGGAUGUUGAGCUAGACAGCUGAACAUAACUGACAAACAAAGCGAUUGGUCAGUGCCAUGCAUAUAAUGAAUUUUAACUUAUGCAAAUUUAACAUUAGCGCGUGAAAAUCACUAGCAUCACAAGCGAAUUCAGCUGUGAAGACGGCGAGGCGUUGGAACUGUCCUAAAUCACUUUUGUCCGUAAGAUCAGAAGCAACCAGGGCGGCAAGCUGUCAGCCAAGUCAUGCUAUCUUAAGCGAUUUCCUCGUUCAGCUUAACCUCCAUUCGUCAAACAACCCAUUUUUCAAACAGGUAAAAAACUGACAUGGCCACGUUUGCAUUAAAGCUCCUCUUGUUUAUUACAUUGGUUAUCGUUGCUGCCCGUGGAUCAAGUACUUGUCCAGUAUCGUGCAACUGUACUACGACAAACUACAAACAAGUCUCGGUCGACUGCCGAGACCAUGGUCUUUCCGAGAUCCCAAGCGUGCUUCCAGACAACACAACAAGCUUGUAAGUGUACUGAUUCGUCUUUCUAUUAUAAUCGCCAGUCAUGUGCUUCGAUCAAAAGUACUUGGACACGUGAAUAAUGGCUGCUAUCCGAGUUUCACUUUUAUCAUUAUGAUUUAAUUGAUGUCAACUUCACAUAUGAAUCAUUACGCUGAUUUUGAUUUACUUUGACUUUUGUCAUUUAAUAUUUCGCUAAAUCGAUACUAGUUUUGCACAGAUAACCAGUAUUGCUUGUGAUGUUCAUGAGCUUUUAUUUAAACCGAGACUAGAUUUCUAAUUUUGAGGCAUUUAGGAGCCAAAUACAUGCAAAUUGUCAACAAAAUAACUGCUGAAUAUCAGUUUGUUUCCCGAAAGACAUCAGUUCAUGUCGGAAAACAGUACGAUUAGUGCAAGUCUGCUUCAUAUUUACAUUUCUCAUGACAUGUUUAUUGUUUUCCUCUGCACAAAUCAAAUCGAAAUUAAUGGAGAAGCCAGAACUAGGAUUCACUUCUGUUAUUAUGAAAGGUAAAUACUCUACCUCAAAACAAUAUCAAGGUGAUAACAUUCGGUACUAAGAAAACGUUGUCAUUUUUAGCUCUCUAACCAUCUCAUAAUUAUUCAAGUAAUUCUACUCCUAGAACAUUCUUAACUGUUAACAGCGUAAAGGAGGCUUAAGCACUAGGUUUCGCCUGGGAAAUUUUGAAAACAAACAUAACACUUUAUUUCUGGCACAACGAACACAAUAUACGAAAGGUGAGUUAUACACUUGAUGGUUUGAAAAUAUUUCCAAUUGAUCAUCUUUUCUAGAAUCUUGACCGCUGUUCAUAUUGUUAGAUGCCCAAGGGACUUUGAAAUAUUCCUCCAAACAAACCAGAUGUAAAUUGUUGGAAUCUUAUCCUAUUAUUGACAGUUCUCGAUAAAUCGUCAAAGCGUUAAAUUAUAAUUCAUUUUUUUGUUUACUAAAUGAAAGCCCUUGAAGAUGGCGCCUGUAUUAGCAAAUCACUUUGGCUUGUCUUCACAAUCACGAAGCUGUUGGUAAAGGAUAGUGUUGUACUAGAGGUGAAAAAAGGCUAAUAUUACUCUGUUUUGUUAGACAAAUGACAUGUCACCAUCGAAAGUUCUCAGAUUGUCUUGGAACUCUGAAUUAAAUCUGGUCAUGAUUGCAAAGUCAUCACCGGGCGAGUCAGUCACACAGUCAGCUUGAUUUUCAAUUCGCGGACAAUUAAUGACAAAAACAUCAAUCCCGCCCUACACGGUUGCAAGAUCACGAAUUGAUCGAAACUUUAUCCGUUUGUUCAUCAUUGCUUGAUUUAAGGACUGCCUUGAAGUCAUUUUGUUUUCGGCAAAUUUAUGAGUUACACAUAUAUGUUUUGAUCUCUUGUACACAAGGAGCAUUCGUACCUCUUAAUGUAUUCAUCAGCAUGGAAAUUAUUAUUCUAUAUGCUUCUCAACAUGAAGUUGACUCAACAGACAGCAGGGUCUGUGGUGAUUUGAAAGAAAGUAGUUAGACCAUCAUUUGUAAUGACGGCAAUCGAGCAUUUCCAGUAUGGAAAUAUUUCCCAGCAAGUUUUCGAUCUAGAUGUUAAAGGCAACCUUAAUUUUACCGCCAAAGAUAAAGUUAGACGAGCGAAUAUCACGUUGUCCCACGAAUUUCUAAUAUAUGGGCGCUAAGAUUGACUGCGUUGUGAAUCGUCAAUACUGUAUUGAGUGAACCAAAGUUUUCUCCCGUAUAGGUCAACAGACUUAACGAGAAUGUUCCAACCUUGUUACCACGAUUUUUUCGAUUAUCUUGUUCAGUAUCUGCACUCGAAACCCGCCGCUAUUUGGCUCACUAAUCAGCAAUAAUGACCCCUGAUGAAGGCACUAGACAGGAGUGUCGAAACGUUGGGUCUAUGAAUUCUAACUUCUUCGGUUACAUUCAUUAAAUCUGCAAACCAGAUUAGCAUCAAACUAUGUCUGAUUGUCCACCUGGUUGCCGUGUGAACUUUAAUAUAUUUUAUCUUAAGGAAAUGUUUCAUACCUUAGUCUAAUUUAAAUCUGCCGGAUUUCUUAUUUUCUGAAUGGUCUUUAUCAUUGCAGACUGAAAAAAUCUUUCAUGAUUAUUUUCUUUUUAUUUCACUGUAGAGACCUACGAUUUAAUCCUGUAAAAUGUGACUGCAAAUUCUACCAUCGCUGGAAAAAACUCAGAACGAAAGGAAUAGCCUUACAAGGGAAAUGCUCCAUUUCACCAGAGCAAGAUGGCCCAGACUUUAAGGAUCUCACCAAUGAUUAUUUCAAGUGUGGUAAGUAUCCUCUGUGUGAUGAGAAAUUAUAAUUAAUUGAAAACGUUUUAGAGGGCCUGCUCUGUAACAAUUUGUCGUGACAAUCUUGUAAGCGUUCGCGUGACACUUUAUUUCCUAAUUUAAUAACUAAGCUAAGGGUUUUGAUGACAGUUGGGUUACUUCAGAUUUAGGGGUAUAAUUGAGCAUAGGACGGUAAUGGCUUACUUGUAGUAAGAAUAAAGGGAGUAAGUUUCUAAAGAAACUGUGGUGCUGCGUCGGUGGGAGAGUAUAGCAGGUAAUUAAGGGUUAACAACUGGGUUGAAAACGUAAAUUGGCCACCGUAAAGGGUAAAAAAGCUGACGUUUCGAGCGUUAACCCUUCGUCAGAGUGAUUGGAGGAAUUGUGGGUUGUGUGUUGGUUUAUAUGCGGAGAGUGGCGCUACGCUAUAGGUGGGAAUAUGGUGACGAGAAAACAGGAAUAAAUUAGUUGAAUGAAAAGCGCUCGUUGAUACCGUGGGGAUUAAGAGUGCCGAUUUGGAAGAUAAAUUUUUGUUCUAGUGUUUUGCGGCUUUCCGAACCGCCAAGAUGUAAGGAAAAGCCGGAAACUGCCAUAUGUUGUUUUGAAUGAUUAGGGAGAUUAGGGUGUGUCUAGCGACUGGUUUGGAUGCGCCCUUGUCAUUUCUUUCCACGUCGCGAAGGUGUUCUCGGAAUCGGUCACCUAGUCGUAUUCCUGUUUCGUCAACGUACAACUUAUUGCAAUACGUGCAAGUUAUGCAGUAAAUGACAGUGACGGAAGUACACGUAAAGUGAUCAGUGAUCUUAAUGGAUCCUUUGGUUUGGGAUAUUUUCUCUACUUUAUGAAUGAAAGGACAAGUUUUGCAUCAUGAGCGAGUGCAUUUGAAAGUUCCAGAUUGGUCAUUGGUUUGAAAUGAACUUCUAAGCAAAAAGUUGCCUAUGUUUUUGUCACGUUUGAAUGAAAUAAGUGGGGGUUGCGAAAGGAUAGUACUAGUCUCUGAAUCGUUUUGGAGUAAUUUAAAGUUUUUAAGAAUGAUAGAUUUAACCGCGUAGUUGUGAGGGUGAAAUGUAAGAGUGAGGAGGACUUGAGAUCGUUUGAAUGUAGAAAGUUCGGAUAUUGUAUGCAUCGUAAAUAAACGCAAGAAAUUGGAAAGAUACAGUCCUAUUGAUUGUCGAACCAGCGCUCCGCAGAGAUUUUACUUAACACAGUGGAGAAUUCUGCAACACAAUUGGAGACCUGUACUUGGUGUUUUAGUAGCAAAUAAAGAUCAGCUAGAAAACAGUUUCCAAUGCUCAUUGAUCUAAUUGCAUUUUGGUUAAAAUUAGAUCGAGAAGUAGAAAAGGCGACAAAGUUCAACUGGUGACCAUUCUACAAUAUCAUAUUGAUGGUAGUGCUCUCUUGAAAAUAUUGUAUUGUCUGAUUUAAUAUAGGAGGCUCAUCUGUGUCCAGUUCAGCCACAGCCAUUGUAACUCAACCCCAGUCAGUUAUACAAAAUGUCAUUGUGACCUCGUCACCCCAGCCCGUCGCUGGUUCAAUAACGCCAACGAAAACAAUGUUUGCAGUACAAUCAUCUUCCAGCCAAGAUGUAUGGAACGUUGAUCGUUUGGAAUUCUCUCCGACAAGUUCCAUUUUCAAGCCCUCCGCGGUCACCACCACACCUGGAAAUCUUGGGAAAAGUUCUGCCUCCAUCAUCCAGACUGGCAAACUACAACCAGCACGUGCUGAAUCAGAUGCGACUUCGUCACCAACUCGUUCCGUCUCCAGUAACUGGGUCACUGUUACUACUCAACCCACAACACACGGUAAGGUCCAACUUUGAGAACUUUCAGUGAAUAUUUUCCCAUCCACCGACAAAGUACUACGCGCAUGUGUAAGCACGUCGUUAGCCUUCCAUUGUUAGUAUUGAAAUGUUUUGUAACUACGGACGAGAGAUUUUGCAAAUUGUUUGAACUCUCUCUCUUUAUUCUUAGGACCUCCAAUUAUUAUCAAAUUUGAGGGCCAGCCAAAGGUGACUCUCGGCCAGACAGUUGAAGUCAAAUGUAUCGCCACAGGCAACCCACCUCCAAAAGUUCAAAUGAAGUUCAAUGACCAGCUUGCUCAGGACGUAAAUGGAGUGAAAGUGACAUCAAGUGAGUCAGAAAGAACAAUCCAAUUCAAAGCGGAGAUAAACUCAACAAUUCACUGUGAGGCAACGAACGAGGUUGGACGAGAUAAACGCAAAAUGAAGAUUGCCGUAGAUCGUAAGUAAUAGCGUUCAUUGUUAAAACAACAAAACUAAUCAUAGCUCUUAAAUUUUCGUCCCUGGCGAAGUGACACUGCGCAUUAUCUGUUACAAGUUAUCCCUACUCUCGCGUUAUGGAUCGAUAAUUUAAAUACGAAUCAUGAUGCGGUUCGUUGUUGAACAGUCUUAGUCCUGAGAACUUUGACCUGGCGUCAAGACUCCAAACGCAUCUUUGAAAAAGCGCCGAGCAACCAAAAUCUGAGGAACAACAAAAGUUUUUUAUUUUCAAGCAUUAGUGAUGCAACAAUUUACGAAAAUCUUUUAAGAGUAUGUGUAAUAUGAAUUAAGUUAUUCUCGCCUCUUCCAGCUACUCAAACUCUGAUGCAAUCUUUAACGAAUAAUUCUCACCAGAAACUGGAGCAAAUUAUAUCCUGUUCAGAGUGGAGUUAACGAGUCAAGAAUUUCACAACAACAUGAACAAUAAGGAUUCGAAGGAAUUCCAAGAUCUGGCCCGGAGAAUUAAGUCAGAAGUAAGUCUUAAAUAAGAUCAAGAUCAAGAUUCGCUUUGACGAAGGGCUAACGCUCGAAACGUCAGUUACAAGUAACCUAGUUACGGUGGCUAAUUUACAUAAUCUACUCAGUUGAUAAAACCAAAUUACCUUGUUUAACAAGAUCAGUUAUCAUGUUCUGUCUGUUAACUUACUGAUUUUUUCAUAAUUAAUGAUAUCAUGAUUCGUUUAUUUAUGAAGGGAGAUAAUAAAUGUGUUAAUUCAGGCAUUUUGCAUCGAAGGUGCAGUUUGCGAUGAACGAUGUUCCAGGUUUCCUUGGCGCUAACCUAAUGAGGCUUUGGUAAGUGACAUUCAUUUCGUCACACAUACUGCAGUAAGCGGCGGUACGGUGGAAACUCGAUUUAACGAAGUUUAAUGGGACUGGAGCAAUUGGUUUGUUAUAUGAGGGUUCGUUAUAUCGAAAACCUCGAUUUAACGAAUUUACGGAAAACAACUAAAAAGGUCUUUAUAUCGAGGUAUGAUUUAUAAUGCUUGUUUUUUCUUUUUUAUUUUUUUGUGGUGUGACGUUGCACAACUUAGCCUUUUGGAAUUGGAACGAUUAAUGUAAAUAACAUUUGUGCUUUAAUGUCUAAAUGAAGAAUUUUUUUUAAAAAAAACUAAAUUAAACGCUUGUAUUUAUAAGCCGUAGUUAGUGGCUAUUACAAGGGCCAAUGACCAUAUAGUCUUGGCUGGACUUACGACCGAACCGGAACAGGCGAGGUUGUGAAAAAUUUUGAAAAUUUUUUAAGCAAGGUGAGAAAAAUAUUUAGGGGCCACGGUUUAAUUUGGUGUUAACUUGCAAAACUCACUGGAGAAGUCGACGACAGUUAGACGAAACGCGUCGGAGAAUAGAGAAGUUCUACAGCUAUUGGUAAUUCAGUGUUAACAACUGAGUUGAAAACGUAAAUUGGCCACCUUAAAGGGUAAAAAAGCUGACGUUUCGAGCGUUAGCCCUCCCUCAGAGCGACGGUGGCCAAUUUACGUUUUCAACUCAGUUGUUAACACUAAAUUACCUGCUUUACUCUCCCACCGAUGCAGCACCACAGUUUCUUUAGAAACUUACCCCCUUUAUUCUACAGCUACUGUUCGCAGUGUGCUGCUCACUUGUUUAGUUUUUAAAAAAAAUUUUUUUUUAAAAAUUGUCACGUGUUGACAUUUGUUCUUUAUAUCGGGGUUUGUUUGUUAUAUCGAGGAUUUCGUAAUAUCGAGGUUCGUUAUUUCGAGGUUCCGUUUUGUCCCAUAUAUUUUAGUGUAACUUUGCCCGGGCUGAAGAGUAUCGUUCAUUGUACCGAGGACUUCGCUAUAUAGGGGUUCGUGAAAUCGAGUUUCUGCUGUAACUGUUUUCACCGUCGACAGACCAAAAUGGAUUGGAAUUCCUCCCUAAACUUAUAAUUUAUAUCGCUGCCCGUUUACUUCACUGCCGUUAAAGCCGAAGUCGACUUUGAUAUGAAAUCUGACAAUCGUUUCACAGGCCAGGAUCAGGAAAAGCAGAUAUUUUGAUAAAAACAUUCCAAGACACAGGCGGCUCUGUAGAGAAAGCGCUGAAGGAAGAAGUCAAAGAUGCAAAACUUGGGAACGUAGCCGUGGACCGCUACUUAUACUCAAUUGAGCAGAGUAAAGGUAUGACGCGAAAAAUAUCAUAAUGUGGAGAAAAAGCGAAGUAGCUCAUAACUUUUAGUUUAGAUCUUUGGGCCAUAUUUUGUUUAAUAUCAUAACAUGACAAUUUGUGAUAAAUUGUUCUUUGCACAGUUCACUCAAUCAAGUGAACAAGGACAAGAAUGACAAAAAGAUGUCGGUCCAAACAUUUGUAUUGUAACAUUCGUAUCGACUGGCUAAAUGCCUCACAUCGGCUACUUACGCAUAAUGAUGGGGAAGCGUUUUGCACUAAAUUUUUGCACGUGUAGUUUCCUCAGUAAUGCUUAUAGUAACUUACCGAGGAGUUUCAGUUGUGAAACAUACACAAAUGAAAAGACCCACCGACUGGGCUUUUCAUUUUAUCAAAUCUUAAAUCUAGACUUUCUUUAAGCGUCUUUGGGCACAUUGAUUAAAAAUUUCGUGAACUAUGAAGGACCUGGAAAGCAUUUUUGAGUGAGCAUUGAUAAAGCCAGCUUCAGUUUGGUCAGCCGAUGACGUUCACAUGAAAACAAGAUUCCGGGUAUUAAAGACAUUGCGAAGUUUUUCCUUAGUUGCUAGCCACUCUACCCCUGGACAAUCAAAUUGAAAUGAUGAGAUAAGAGAAAUCCGCACGUUGUAAAUAUAGGUGGUAGUGAUGCAUCAUGGGUGUAUAACUUGUCUUCCAUUGCUAGGGAUUAUUAGAUUUCUUAUUAGUACAUUUUCAAUGUCUCCCUUCUCUAUAGCGUGCCCAUCUGUCUUUGAGAAUGUUACAUGGAAUGACGUAGUUUACGGAGAUGUUGACGUACAGCCUUGUCCCAGGGGAGCCAAAGGUCUGCAUCAUCAUAUUGAAUCGUUCUUCCUUUAAAGAAGCGAUAAUUGAACGAUUACCAGUGUAAAUGACUUUUCUAUGUUAUUGAAUGAUGAUAGUCACACUUUCUUUAUUCAUAUAAAGGCUAUAAACAGAAAAUGAUCUUUGAGGGAAGGAGAGGUGUGUGGCCAAGUUUUUGAUCAAACUGUUUGAAGUCUAAAGUUUAUUUUUGUUGAAAGGUUUUGCCAAACGGAACUGUUCAUCGGCGGGGAACUGGUACUACCCCGACUACACCAACUGUAAAAGUGACGGUUUUGACUAUCUGAGAGAUCAGGUCAGAAUAGAGACUUAAGUUGCUUUUUAUUUAUUUUUAUAGCUAUAUGAAAUGCAUUUAUGCUACUGAACUAUUUUGGAAGCUUAUAGGCGAAUAUAAGCGUUAUUUGACUUCUAUGAUGCCCUUAGUAACGAGACAGUGUACCAUACCAAGACGUCCAGUCCGUUAAAGAUGGAACCAUCUGUUCAACAUCUAAGUGCGCCCUAAAAACAACAACAACAACUGCUGAAUCAUAAAGUUUAUCAAAAAAAGUGUCAUAGCAUUUAAAUCCCAGAAAAUCACCUCAAUUCUCGGCCUCGAGCUUAUUAGCACAACAGCAGCCAAGAGUUUAAGGGCUUUGGGGCUAAGGUUACGGUUAAGGCUAACCUACGUUCAUGGGGAUAUAAAGUACGCGUACAGUUUGGAGGGCACGCGUACUAAAUGAGCAUGGCAAAAAUAUGACCUAGAAAUAUUACGAGAAAAAAGCUUUAUUCAGAUUUACCAAAUAUGGUUUUUUCGAAGCAAAAAUCUCAGAUUUUCUUGCGUAUAUGUGAGUAGCGUUUAAGAUUUACAAUACUUGAUUCGUUGUUUACUCAACUUCACAGCAAGAAAAUUGCGAAGAGUUGGGUUAAAAAUUCUGAAAGUUGUCACAUUUUAAACAAAAUCUUCUAUUGCACAAUACUUCAAGGACAUAUCAACAUUUACCGGGCGAAAGAUUGGUCCGAAAUAGGCUAAGUUUCACUAUUGCAUGCAAAUUCAGUUUCCAUUUCCCAUCCAUUAUUCGGAUCGUGUUUGGGAAUCGUACUAUUGCUCACUCGAUAGCUCUUUCAGCUGCUUUUAAGGCUUCCCAAAUCCCUUUUAAAAUCGAGUAUCCUUUCGUUACCUACUGCAAAAAAAUAUACAUUGGGAAACAGGAAGACGACAUGGUGACCUAUUCCGAGAACGCCUUCGCGACGUAGAAAGAAAUGACGACGGAUUCAAACCAGUCGCAAGACACUUAAAUCUCCCUAGUUAUUCUAAGCAGCACAUGGCAGUUUGCGGUCUUUCCCUACAUCAAGGCUGUUAGGAAAGCCGAGAACUUUAGAAUUAAAAUGUAUCUUUCAAAUCGGCACUCGUAAUUCCAACGGUAUCAAAGAACGCUUUUCAUUCAACUAAUUUACUCUUGUUUUCGUCACCAUGUUCCCACUAAUAGCGCAGUUUCAUUUUCUGCAUAUAAACACACACACAAACAACAAUUCCUCCAUUCUCUCCGACGAAGGUCUAACGCUCAAACCUUCAGUUUUAAAACUCUAUUCGGUAGCAAAUUUACGUUGUUAAGCCAGUUGAUAAUCCUAAACUAUCUUGUUUUAUUCUCCCACCCACGCGGCUCCACAGUUUCUUUAGAUCCCUACCCAUUUUUUCAUUUAUUAUUCCGUAGAUUUAAUUUAUAUAUAGAGCUCUUAAAAGUCCAUCUCAAGCGGGAUGGAACGGAAAAAAACACAUUAAAAAUCUCAAAACGCGUGGCCUAACUGGUCGGGAAGUUACAGUCGAUAGCGGACGAAAAUUUUCAAUUCUCAUGUUUGCUGACGUCAUUGGCGUACACAAUAGUAUUUCGGUCAAACCUGUAUUCAGCAGCUCUAUAUUUAGCGGUCACCCUGUAUUAAGUGGUCACUUGUCAAAGUCCCGAAUUCGUUUUCCCCUUAAUCACAGUAAUUUUCACCUCUAUUGAGCGGUCACCUAUAUUAAGCGGUCGCGGACACCCUUAACUAAGCCCCAACGGCCAUUUUUCAUUUUCCUCUACCUGUAUUGUAAAGCGGGACUACUCUAAUGAAAAAAAGGAGGUUAGUUUCUAAAGAAACUGCGGUGCUGCGUGGUUGCUAGAGCAUAACAGGGUAAUUUGGUGUUAUCAACUUAGUUGAUAAUACCAAACCACUCUAAUGAAACUAAGAAUAAUCCUCCAUUUCUUAAUCCGUAAGAAGUAUUUUCCAACGAGAAUCUGUACACUAAGAGUUCAAUUAUGGCAUAAAGUAGUGUUGUUCAUUGUUUCCUUGUGAUACUAUGGACUAUCUAUGGACCUUUAGAGCGAUCCAGUGGUGGAUCUAGGGGAGGCGUCCGGGGGGCCAGGGCCCCCCUUUUUCGGGGAAAAAAAAAAAAAGGAAUUGCAGCGGGAAGAAAAGCCGGCAGGGCAAGCGAAAAAAAAACCGGCCCCCCCCUUGGCUCAUGGUCGACCUGUAUUAGGCAGUUACGCCACCAUUUCCCGUGGGUGACUGCUAGAUACAAGUUCGGCUGUUUGAAGCGCGCUCGCGCUUUUGAAUUUGGGGACCGGAAUUUGCUUGCUUUGUUACAAUAGAUAUUGGUAGUUUCCGUCAACACAGGUGUGACUUGUUGUAACGAGUGUAAUGGUUCAAUUUGGCUUUACUCUUGAAUACUCGAAUCAUACGGAAACGUUCUUUUGUUCAAUUUCGUCUUGUAAUCAGCACGAACUCUUACGGGUAAUUGUUCUUCUCACAGAUUAAAGAGGUCUCGGCUAAUACUUCUAACAGAGACGACACAGAGAAGAGUAUCCUAAAAAGCUUGCAACAACUUUUUACGCUCUUAAAACCACACGAAGAUUUCGCAGUGCUGGCGGGAGACGCUGAUACAAGCGCGGAAAUGUUAGAAAUAAUUGUAAACUAUCUUGCAAAAGAAAACAAAGAUGUUGCUCACAGUAAAGAUGAAAUUAAGGUAACCAGGAAGAUUGUAUACUUAAUUGCUUUCUUAUAUACUUGUUAACUAUCGUGUUGAUGUCUAGCUGUCUGUCGGGUACACUGCUCGCUGAUUGUUCUCCAACUGAUGCUCAGAUUCCUGCUAUACAUACCGCUGACCUUGGACCUCAGUGUUGUCUCUUCCCGUUGCUUAGGAAAAUCGCCGGUAUUUCUAAAGAUAUACUCUGCAUGACUUUCAUGUCUCAGUCUCAAAGUAACUCUUGAGUCACUUCUGGAUUAAGUCAGUUCGUGCAUUGGUUGGGUUUAUUCCUAGAUCUUUCCUCCUUUAUCUUCGCAGGUGGAUCUUCGGAUUCUUUUGCGUUGCAAGGAAACGAACGUUUAUGACAUUAUAUGAAUAAUCGUUUUAUCUCUUUUUUUAUUUUCUAUUUUUUGGCAGCAUGUCAUUGACGUGGCAAACCAUAUUCUUCACUGGCAUAACGAGCAGGAAUUAAUAAUGGCUCAAAAGGUAUUUUUUUUUUGUCAAAUUAUUCGCCUGUAACCAUCAUACAAUAAUAAUAAUAAACCAGUGAGAAGAAAAGCACAAUUUUCUUUUUAGUGAUGAUGAAGCUGGUUCAUUUUAUUUGCAGUAUUUGCAGACCGCAUCAAAAUUCAUCAGAGUUCUUGAGAAAUAUGGCCUUCAGGCUGCAAAGGUGGCUUCAGUUGGUGAAGUUAGAAAUCUUGCAAUAUUGAUAACUGAGCAUGUUGGUAAGCUAUCCCGAGGACACUGACUAUAUAAACAAGAAUGCUCUAAGAACUCAGAUGUAGAACCAGUCAAACUUAAGGACCUGUUAAGUACGUUAAAAACGUUAAGAAAUGCAAAAUUAUGAAGAUCACAAAUAGAAACAGCCCUGUGUAUCAAGUAUCUAUUUGAACAGGACUGUUUUGGAGGAAGUAAAGGAAUUUAAGGAUGUUGGUUUAACCACAGAUUAGUAUUUAAAGUGAGAUUUUCAUAUUGAUAAUGUUGUGGAAAAAGCAAACAGAAUGCUUGGUUUGAUCAAAAGAACUCGUAAAGGUCUUUAUGAUGUAAAACCUUGAAAACUCUCUACUGCUCUCUGGUCCGGUCUAAUCUAGAAUGCUGCUCCGUGGUUUGUCUCGCUAUACCAAGAAAAACAUUAAAAAAAAGGUGAAAAAGUACAGAAAAGAGCCACCAAAUUCAUCAUAAAGACGAAGCAUGAGUAUGAAACCCGAUUGAAGAAACUGAACUUAUUGUUACUUGACAAAGAAUAGUUUAAGCUGAUGUUAUUUUCCUUUACAAAGCGCUGAAUGACAUGAUCAAUGUUGAUAUUCAACCUUAUGUUGACUUCCAUUCAGAAGGCGACCUUUACUCCGAUAACUUAACUCUGAAAAAGGAAUAUGCUAGAACCAACGUGCUAAAAUAUUAAUAUUGUCUUAGAAAUGUAGAUAGAUGGAAUGAACUACCAACAGACACUCGUUUUGAAACUAAAAGAAAAGGACAUUUAGGUCGAAAGCCAGAAAUUAUCUAUUGUUAUAGUCUUAUUUAAAUGUGGGAACGAGGGGGGUGUUAUUGUUAUAAUUUUACUUACUCUGGUUCUAUAUGGGGUCAAGGACUCCUUUGCAGAUCUUCCAUUUGGCUUGUUUCAUUUCACCAUUUAUCUUUAUUCUUUACUUUUGUGUAGUAGCUAAAACACCUGUAUAGGACAUGCGCACACUUUACUCUGAUUUUUACACUGACAGUUAUGGGUGCUGGAAUUGCCGAUCCUGAACGAAUCUCAAAAGACGUUAUUUUUCCAAACUACAACUGGCCAGAUUUAGGAAAGAUCAAACAACAAUGGAACAUAACAACGUUUGUAGUAUUAAGUCAGCAAAUGAUUAAAAGUAUUAAAGUCGGUAAGUUAGCAUUAAAAACUUUGCUAUGAGUGUCUUUCGCAGCCCUUUUUUGAGAUGUAACGAAUAAAUGAAAAAACAAAACUAAACAGAAAAUAAGAAUACAAGGAGACUACUCUGUAAUUUCCUUUGUACUUUUUUUCAACCUUCUUCGGAACUGCAGUAAGUUAUGAAAUUAGCUUUUUUGAUCAUGAUUGAAAUGAAUUGUACUCUUAGGAUUGUGGUCGCUUGAUGUAGUUUUAAAGGUCACUUUAGUGAUUUUUCGAUCCUGGAAGCGACUUGGUGUUGUUUAUGAUAACUUUGCACGAACUUAUUUUCAAAUAAUGCAAAUUUUCCGAUUUGUCAAUAUAGGUGACUUUUUCGUCCAUUGGUAUGGUUAUUGUUUGACAAAAAAGCGCAGUCGACUUGGCUUCUUACGUAACACCUUUAUAGAUACUUUCGAUUCGGACGGAAAUCAACUGUCUUUACAGCAUUGUGCCCUUGGUUAUGAUAAUAGAGGGAACUCGAGCUUGUUUAUGAGUCACUUUUAACUUAAAUCUCCUUGUUUAUCUUGUCUCUCUGAAGGAGAUGAUGGAAUACGAAUUGCUGGAUUUCUAUUCAAAACUCUGAGACGAGUUCUUUCUUUUGAAAGGUGGGUGACAAAGCACCAUUACAGAUAAUAAUAUACAUUUUGUAUGUGAAACUAAUCCAAACGUUAUGUGAGUUGCAUGUAUGUUGUCCGAAUAUUUUGCUUUUGAAUCAGGGACCUCAUGUCAUGUCAUGUCGAUUGUUUUACAUUUUACGUUUAUUUUGUUAGUGCGUUCAGUGACAAAGGCCAAGCGUUUGAAAUCAACUCGGUUGUGAUUUCUGCCGCUACUGACCCAAAACCGACGGAAAAACUCACUGAGCCCGUCAUUAUCGCCUCCACUAACCUGGAAGAAGUUGAUGUAAGUUUUUCAUGCAUAUGGCAAAAUCCAUUUGCUUUGAUUCCUAUAUUUUAAGUGUAAGAACAAUGAGAACUGAGUUUACUCACUUGGAAUUUAAUUCCUUUAUUUUUUCACUUUCAGCUUGACGGUGCCGAACCGAUUUGUGCAUUUUGGGAUUUUAAGAUGUAAGUAUAAUAAGAUGAAUGGUAGAUUUGCUGAUUAUCGCCGCGUCUGACAAAUGUAGUGCAACGUGACUAUUGUUCUCUGUGGAGAGGAACUAAGAAGUUUCUUUUCAAUUUCUCUGAAUGAAAAGAUAGUUGAUAAAUCAAAAUAAACACCCAUUUAACGUUUACAAGAAUGCCUCCUAGUAGAGGCUGUACCAUCCUAUCGGCUGACCUUAUCCGGGUGAGUCAACUUAAAUCUAGGCUGUUCAAGUUAUAGUUUACUCCUUUUGUUUGCGCUUGCACAGGAAUGCGCCCCACGGAGGUUGGUCUGAUGAGGGUUGUAAUACUUCUUCAUACAAUCGUAUGCAAACAACUUGCCAGUGUGAUCACAUGACCAAUUUCGCAGUGUUACAGAAAAAACCGCUGGCUGCCUCCUUCCAAAGGGUAAGUGCUACGUCAAUAUCACGGUAACAUGUAUGGUGCAAGCGGACCACAAUGAAACCUCCCAGACACGAAUGUUUCAUUUGACUUGAGUUUGCUUAUGUAUUCGACCCUAACCUUACAGCCUGCAAUUUUUCGUUUGAUUGAGGUGUUUUUGGUGGCAUCAAUCUUUAUUAAAAAGACAACAGCUAGCAAUUUUCUAUUCCAUGUUUAAGUUGCACAAAUGAUGUUGGCACCGAGUUAAUUCUCAGCGCCUAUAAUACUUACUUUAUCCGAGGGGGAGCAUCCGCCGAAAAACUCUUUUGAACGUAUUCAUCACAUAUUUUACAAAAUUAUUUCUUCUUCUUUUCGCAGGGAUUUCCUAACCCAAUUGGUGAUUUUAUCCAUUGUAUUUACAUCGCUUGUUGGAUUAUAAUCGCGUUUGCGGCGAUAACGUUUUUGAUCCUCCUGGUUUUAAGCCCGUGAGUAAACUAUAUGUUAAUCAUAAUUUGCAAUCACUUGCCAAAUCAAAUUAAAUUUUUCAGUGAUGAAGUUCGUGGUGAUUUCUGUUUCAGCUGGCUGAAGCCUGACCGUACAUGGGCAAUGCAUAUGUGUGUCUGUGCAUCUGUGAUUGUAACCUUCGUGUUACUCAUGCUUGGCCUGGCAUCCUAUAAUAAUGUGGUAAGAUCAACGUGUUACUCAGUUAAAGAUGUUACGGGCGUAAAGUUCCAUACAUAGCUCUUACUAUGUGAUAGAGCAGUCUGAUUGUCCGUAUGGUAUGGAGAGCAUAACACAGUGAUACCCGGGCUAGGAUUUUUGUUAUGUCCACCAAUUGUCUCCCAGCGGUGAAGGUGAACCCAGUGUGUUGUUCACCCUUCGACUGGAGAGACGCAGUGAUGAAAUAGGUAAUUCUGGAUCUCUAGUUCCCCAGGGCUGUACUGGAUUUACUGGCAUUCUCGCUAUGUCAGACGGCAGUUGCGUAUUGAGGAAUAAUGACAAGAUUUGUUAUUCUCUGGGGAGACUAAAUUUUCCUUAUCAUAAGCCGGCUGAUUAAUACCACUGAAGAUAUCUUCAAUUUAAAAUACAUACUUUUAAAAGUUCUUCGCCAAGGGCGAAUUAACUAUUGUUGAGCCUGAGGCAAAUAGUUGUUUUAGUAUCAUUGCUCAGGUGCUUUCAAAUUCUGUUGUAAAUUCUUUAAACAAAGUAAGCAUUGCGCAUAUUUUAUUACAAUUGCGCUGAUUACCUAUAUCAAGAUGAGCUAGCAGUUUUAGCAGGUUUAUUGAAUUUAAUCAAGAAUAGUUUUAUAUCUUUCUUUUAAAAAGUGUUCUGUCAAUCUUUUAGCAGCUUUUCUGCUCAUCACAAUUGAAUUUUUUCUUUAUCGCAUUUAUUACUUCAAGAAAAUGAACGACAAUUUUUAAAAACAUAUUUGGACAGUUCUUCUGUCAUCUUCAGUUCUGAAUGAUACAAAAUACAAAGUUGAAUUUAGAGCGUGUAACAAAAUGCUGAUUGGACAAAACAAACAACAGUAAUAGAACAAUGUAUGCAUUUACAAGGAAGUUUUAAUACAAUUGACUAAGUGAAGGUUUCUUCCAUUGAAUGUAGAUAGCUUCUUUGAUUUUACGUUGUGGAAGCGUGAUCAAAGAAGCUAGCCACAUUCAAUGGGAGAAACCUUCACUUAGUCAUCAUCAUGUUACUAUUGUUUGUUUUGUCCAAUCAGCAUUUUGUUACACACUUUAAAUUCAACUUUGCACUUUGUGUUAUUCAGAACUGAAGAUGACAGAAGAACUGUCAAAACAUGUUUUUAAAAAGUUUCGUUCGUUUUCUUAAAUUCGUUACAUAUCUGCUUCUCUCCAGACAUUUAUCACUUCCCCUGAAACGUUGACAAAACGCGAGGCAGCCAUUUUGACAUUUAGUACUCCUGCUACAAUUACUUCGCGCGAGGUGAUUAUGGCGAAACAUGAAGCAAUCCUCGACGAAUCAGAGAGCGCGUCUGUUUGAUCACCUGAGCAAUUAUACUAAAAUUGCUUAAAGAGUUUACCAGCUAGUUUCUUAAAAAAUGUUUGCAUGAUUUCGCUAUUUUUAGGGGCUGUGUAACCUCUUCUCCUUCUUGGUUCAUUAUUUUUACCUGUGCACAUUUUCUUGGAUUCUUGCUGAAAGUGUUUACAUGAGAACUUGGGAUACUAACUACGGACCAAAGAAGAAAUACUGGAUUGGAUACUUCCUUCUCGGCUGGGGUGAGUAUAUAGCAAGUUUGUAAUUUGCAGAUAUUUUAUCAAAUUGUUUCUUUAGCGUUAAACACUAUUCUUUUUCUUAUGUGUUCAAUUAAGGUCUGCCUGGUAUUCCGAUGCUUAUCACGUGGUUUAUAAACAAGAUGGCCGGUUUUGAUAGCUUCCUUUCGUGAGUAUAGCAUUUUACGCUUGUAUCAUAAGGACGUUUUCGUUAUCUCAUGUGAAACAGUAUUUAAUGCUCUUUCAAUGAAUCUUUUCUCACUCCAUGCAUUUAAUUCAUCUAAAAGAGUAAACUGUCACGAGUUCUUUAGAGUCAGUAAGAAAUGCUUAUACUACACUGAAGAGUCACUAAAAGUCCUUCGUUGCUUCUCAAAAAAAUUGAUUCUGCAGUUGGUGUAGGUGCAAACGUGGUACUCUUUGUUUACAAAUGUACGUAUUGCUCCACUCGGCGACAGUAUUAAUCCAAUUAAGUUAAGGUAAUUCAGACUGUAGAACGUUUAAGCAAAUCCUUUUCUUUUAAAUUUUUUUGCUAAUUGAACAGUACUAAUAUUACUUACAACACUCGCAGUACAAGUUACAGAAACUUACACUAUUCACAAUACUUACUCUACAUACUACAAUACUAGAAAAACUCAUAAUUUACAAUACUUACUCUAACAAUGCACUAACAAUGCUUACUCUACUUACAAUUACUUACAAUACUUACAAUUAACUACAAUGCAGACAUUAUUUACAAAACUCGCGUUACAGAAACUUGCUCGACUAAUAAUGCUUACUCUGCUAACAAUACUAACACUAAUAAUUACAUGGAAUACUGGCACUACGAUCGUCAUUUUACUAACUUUUUUUUAACAAUAUUUUUAGUACUACAUUAUAUGCCAUACAAAAAAAUUAGUAAUAUGGGUUUUUUUUUAAUAGAUACGUACAUAAAAGAUAAAUAAUUUGAUAAACAAAAAGAUGAAUAAAUAAAUAUGUAAAUAGAUGAUGAAAUAAGUAUAGAGUAUGUUUAUGCACCAGUAGUAAUCAGCACUAACUGCACAGAGGCAGAGUACUGAACCAAAACGUAUGAAAGAAGCAUGUGUCAGGGGAGAAGGGGCAGCGCUACAAAGAGAGAGAAAAUAAAGAAUUCGAAAUGAAAUUAUCUAGUUGUGUUUGGAAAUAGAAUAAGCAAAUAUUAUCUCAUGCUUUAAUAGUAAGAGGAAUGUCUACGCACAGUUUGUACAGAGGCUUAUAUAGGCUGAUGUCUACAGUUUUGAAAAUAAUCAUUGAGGUUUAUGUAAAUUGCUUAUAAUUCACAGUAAAAAUAACAUUUCUUAUGAACAGUUGUAAUAACCCGUGGAACUCAUGAUUUAUUGUAUUAAGAACUUGCGCCAAUUAAUAUUCAACUACUGUUUCUUCAGGUGCUGGUUGUCAAUAUAUCCCAACCCCAACCCUUUGGUGUGGGUAUUCUUUGCACCAGCUUUAGUGUUCUUCCUGGUAAGAUAUAUUUAUCGUGUCUUUUUUAUUUAGGGUUGUGACUGAAUUUAUCAUACCAGACACAAUUUAAAAUUUUGGUUGGUUAUGUACCUUAUUGGGGCCGAUCAAAUCAUAUUUUUAUGGAAUUAAGGUUGCUACGUAUGCAGUGAAUUUACUGUUUGCGCAAAAGUAUCAUCAGACUUGUGAACCGAUUGAGGUUGAGCAAUUUUGAGGUGAUGGAGAAAAAACGCUUUGACACUCAAAGAUGUCUAUCGUAUCUUCAGGUGAGCUGUUGCAUUUUGGUAAGAGUGUGGAGAGCUGUGACUGGAUCACCGAGACAGAGGCUAAAAGCAGAUUAUCCAAAAACACGAUUCAGGUAAAUAUAACAUUAAGAUUGUGAUAUCAUUAAUUAAGCAUAUUGUAUUUAAAAAAUUGAGUAACAUGACACUCCAUUAGUCAUUACCGGUUUAUUGAGUCUGAUCUUCUUUUUCCUGCGCAGUGGUGAGGGCCCUCGCUUCCCUCCAUUCCGAGUUCGAUUCCCGUGCCUGUCGUCACAUACGGGUUGACUUUGUUGUUGGUUCUUGUCGUUGCUCCGAAGGUUUAUCUCUGGGUCCUGCGGUUUCCCCCCUCCGCAAAAACCAACGUUCCAAAAUCCAAUUUGACCACGAAACAGAGAACAGGAAGAGUCACCUCGUGGAUUAUCCACUACUUAAUCAUAAUUUUUAUUAUUAUUAUUAUUAUUAUUAUUAUUAUUAUUAUUAUUCUUAUUAUUAUUAUUAUUAAAUUAUAGUCACUAUGAGUUUCUCCUACUAUUUCGACCCCAACUCGUAACCCAGGGUCCCAGUUGAAUCCGUGUUCGUGGCUUCCACAGAAUAUCUUGAUCCAAAUUUUUUCGAGUUUGCGUUUCUUGCUGUUCCGGCAUUUGUUUUUAGAGUACGUGUUUUUUUUUCACUUAUUCAGAGUCCAUGUACGUUAUUGUAUCAUCCUGAUGAUUAUGUUUCUAAUGACCUGGUUGGUCGGCAUUCUUCUGAUCCAGUUUUACUGGAAGGCGUUGCUGUGUAUUCUGUUUAUCAUUUGCUGUAUCAUUACGGUAUGGUUUUCUUUUAAAUUUUCUUUUUUUUCAAAUUUACUACUACCAAAUAAACAUCUUUGUGAAAGAAUUCAGGCCGAUUAAAAGGGAUUUGAUGAAGACAUUGUGAUCCUCUACAAACUGGCCACUCUCUUCAUUCUUGGAAACAUUGUUUCGUUCAGUUCAAUUUGGUUGAUCUCAGAUUUCGAGCGUCUUUUCAGUGGUAUCCAAACCAAGAAAAUUUUGAUAUUCUUUUAUCCAAACUGCACGGCACAUGUCAUGAAAAUGUGGUUAAAACAACGUGAAAGCGUGACUUUUGAGCCGCUGGGUGGGGUGGCGACAUAAAUUAUCCUUGAAAAUUAACAAGUCUUUAUAUGAGUGACAUCGCUCACUGGUUGAUUAAAGAAUUAUUUCAGCCUAUUGCAUAAAACCAGAGUUUUCUUUGAUCUUGAACUCAUCAACGGGCUGAUACUCAAAAUUUAUAUAUUGAUAAUUAUUCUCAAGGAAUGUUUUUUGCAUUCCAGGGUUUGAUGAUACUGUUAUUUUAUGUGGUCAUGGACCGUCAGGUAUGAAAAGGAAACGACUGUUUUACAUUUUCUUAUUUGUGCAGGUUUUUUGACUGAGGCCCUCCUUUUAAAAUGAACCGACUCUUAUUAACGUGGCUUGGCAAUAAUGGGAUUGUGUCUAACCAAAGAAUCGAACUGGAAUAUAUUGUUUUAAGUCGAAAACUACAAAAAUCAGGAUACUUAAAGAAAUACACAAAAGCCAAAAGACAGAGUUUGUGUAGCUCAGUUGCUACAAAUUCAAUAUCGUAGAGAAAAUGUUUAGAUUCCUAUUUUGUGUUCAGGUCCGCGAUGCCUUUAGGCAGUGCUGUUGUUACUGCAAACGAGGUCGACAAGGGAGCUACUGGGUUCAAGGAGAUGACGUUUGGAUCCAAAAGCAACAAGAGCAGCGCGAGGUAAGUGAAACUGAUUAAAAAGUGUUAAUCAAUGCUGUUUUUUGUGUCACACACUGCUAAUUGAGUUUUGAAAGCUUAUUGGCCAAGGCUUAACAUAAGAUUAACAAGCAGACCACUUUUAUUGCUGUUGCCAACAGCUGAACCAUUUAUUACUCUUUAUCAAUUGCAAAAGUACACCGCACUCUGCGAAAUAUCUUUAGCUACACUUGAACCUUCUUGUAUGUCUUGAUUGUCAACAUCUAAUAAAGCUCCGCUUGCUUGUUCGUUUAGCAUCGACAGCCAGAUACGGAAUGUUUAGUUGUUGACGCAGGAGAAGAACCAGACCAUGAAAAUGAAGAAAAGAAACAAGAGCACGAAGAACCUCUCUUGAGACCGGAAGUCGGGCCUGUAUUGAAGGAAAGACCGUUGUUAGAGUCUUCCGAGGAUAGCUUUGAUCCUUUGUAUGAGAGCGUUAGGCGGCCUAUUAGGGUUGACGUUCGGCCAGUCCAGCCCAAAGAGCAGGUAGAAACAGAGCCUAUUUAUGCUAAGGUAAAGUGUCACGAGAAAUAUUUUCAACGUCUACAUAUAUUUGUCACCAGAUAAUAUGUACAGUUAUCACGCUAACUUUAAUAAGUAUUUUACUUAUCGUGUUCUCCUUUAAAGUGAAAUAUGAUAUGGUGUACUUUAUGAGAUCCAAGCGUUGUGUUUUCAAUAGGUCGAUUUAAGUAAGAAGCAAAAACCUCUCAGGCAUCCUGAAUCAGAUAGUGACGAUGACGAUUUAACUCCAGAAGAAAGGGAAGCACGAGGAAUUCGAGGAUUGACACGGGAGCAAGUAAUCCGCAUGGCGAAAAAAUCAGACGCCUCAAAAAGAGUCCUUAGGACUUACGAAAGUCCGACAGGAAGCACCGAGGUCCUGGACCCAAAUCGGCCAGUGUACUUAUUAAAUCAGCAGGAACUUGAUGAAGAACUCAAACACUUUCGAUUAUUCUUCGCACAAAACACGCCAGCUUCAACAAGUACACAUAGAACGGAAGAAACCGAGAUCAGCAGCAGUUUUGUUAGUAAGGAGACAUCCACCACAGUGUCAAACACCCAAUUUUCGUCCUUCUCGUCGGUUAAAGAAGAAAGAAGUUACUUUCAACGAGGAUAUGACAAAGACGAGGGCCCUUCAAGUUCAACGACCAAAACAGUCAUGAGCCAAGAGAGUUCUUCAGUAAAAACCGGUGUGAACGUCAAAAAAACAUCUGCAUCGAAAAAGGGGGAUACGGCAGCACUGAUUUUAGAGGAAACAGCGAUUGAUUCUUCUUUAGAAGAACUUGACAGAAGGAAUGAGAACAAUAAAACUGACCCGUCAAGCAAACCUACAGCUGUGGUAAGAUGUGGUAAUUUUUGACGUCUUCUCCUGGAGUAGUUUCCAGAACAAAAUGAACUAUAACAUCUGCAUGAAAUGAAACAGUUUUCCUAACCUACAUUUCAUGAAAUCAAUUGAUUACUUCGAUCAAAUUAUAAUCUCUUGCUUCAAUUUAGUUUUUACGGGACUCUUUCAAUUAAUUUGAACGACCUAAGAUCGAAUUAAUCUUUUUUCACAUGAUUCUGAAUAAAUUAAACUAAGGCUGCAUAAGUAUUAGUAACUGUAGCAUCCCUAUUUCUUCACAAGAAAAAAAAGACACGUAGGAACACGUCAAAAAGUGGUAAAUAGUUUAAAAUAGUAAAGACAUGUCAAAAUUUCUAAACUAACAACGCUACCUUGUAUUCAAGAAUUAGACGAUUUACAAAAGAGUCAUUUAAACCGUCUGUGUUAACUGUAGGGCAAUGACAAGAUUUCUAUUUAAAGUUAUAUUUCCUGUCCUUUUUCUUGGUGUUUAAAUUUCGAAGAGAACGUAGAUUUCACUUUAUUCAAUAUUUUCCUUUCCCAUUAUCUAGAUGUUCAUGCAAAUAAGUAUUUACGCUCAUUACUUCUCUAUAGUAGAAAGAAGCUCUGAAUUGUUGCAAGCUCAACUUUUGAAUCACCUUACACUGAAAGACUGCAUGAGGUGAUAUGAAGAAAUAAACUGAAUAUUAUUUUUUAACUUCUUUUACUUUUCAGUAGAGUGGCAAUGAUACUGACGACCUACGUUCAAGUUUGUUGAGUUACUUUACUUCACAACAUCAGCAGGAUGUUACAACGGGGGACAACUGGCGUGAAUUAUAUGAGGCACUUAAAGAGUGA